GUUUCAACCCCAACCUUAGAUAGGAAAGACCGAGGUUUAGGGAUCCAGAGUGUAAUUUCUUCUUUCUCUCGGAGCUCGCUUGAGAGUUCGGCCGCAAGCCAAAGCAUCAUCAAAUCUGGCUUGUUCAUGACGAUGAUUCGGUCGGUUGGGUCUGCAUCAUGCAUUGCUCCCUCUCCCGAAAAAUUCGCUUUCUAUCUCUAAUUUCUCAGUCAACCCUGGCCCUUUUUUGUCUUACUGGCGUAACUGCAAAGGACCGAUCUGCUGGACCCUCAGCUCCUGCUGGCUGGAUAGUGGAUCCCUCGCGCGUCUGCGAUCUCGGGGGCCCUAUUAUUCACAGUAGGCAUUCGAAUGAGCAUCUCGGGAAAUACCUGGUGUGGAUAAUCCAUGGCAUGAUCCUUCAGCUCAGCACGGGAGCCGCCACCCACGGCGGUAGCGAAAGGUUGAGACUGGAGGAGGGAAGAAGAGGGCCAUCGUGGGCAGUGGAUCGAAGCUCCAGAAGAGGAUCCAGCUGAGCCCGUCUCUGAGCCAUGAGCCUUUUCGCCCUUUUUUCGACGUGUAGCAAGUUGGCAACGGUGCGGGGAAAGAAGAUCCCAAAGCAAAUCGCGGCCGAUCGAGCGAACCCGAGUGGAUGCGAA